CCGGCCCGACCCCGGGGCAAGCAGGCACAGGCAGAUCGCUCUCCCUCCCUACCCUAUGGACUAUGGUCCUCACCCCACAUCGCCCACUCCACCUCCACUCCUCUCCCUCUCCCUCUCCCGUCCUCCGCCUCCAUAUCCAUCCAUCCAUCCGUCGUCUCAUUUAAACCCCCACGAACAGUCGAACACCAAGCAGCCAGCCUCACUGGCCUCUGCCGCGCCAGCGCAGCCCCACAUGCUCCUUCUUCCUCUUCCUUACUGGCAGUGGCAUCCAUAGCGGCAGCGGCAGCAUUCCGUCGAUGGCGGCGGCGAGAGGGCCCCUCACGCUGCGGGACUUCCUGGAGCUCGGCUGCGACUCCAGCAGCGACGGCUUCCGCUCCUACCCGCGCUGCCUCCCCUGGAGCGACGACGCCCUGCAGGCGCCCGUGCGGCUCCUCGUCGAGGCCGACCUCCGGCGGAGCCCCUCGCGCUCGCCGUCCUCGCUCUUCUCCAUCGCCAGGAUCUCCAGCCUCUCCAGGACCUUCUCGCGCCGGAUCAAGGAGGGUUUCAGCUGGAGGCGCCACGACGACGACGACGACGACCUCUUCUUGGACGACCGGGACUCGUGCGGCUUCCCCUCGCCGCUCGUCAGCAGCUGCUCCGCUUCGGACUUGGGGUCCGAGUAUGCCGAGUCCGAGGUUGGUGAGAAGAUGGCCAUUGGUGACAAGAUGGCGUGCCUGCCCGCGUUCGAGUGCGAGGAGAAGCCGUCGUCCUCCUCCUCCUCAACAAGCAGCUCGGCGGACCACCACGACUGCACGGACGGCGCCGCGGCAGACGGGAAGAAGAAGAUGCAGGCGGGUGGCGAUCCCAUUCCCACGAGGAGCAAGUUGGGGAUGGAGGAGGACAAGCAACAGCUGAGCCCCGUGUCCGUUCUGGAUUUCCCCUUCGAUGACGACGACGCCGACGAACGGAGCGACGCCGGCACGUGCUCGCCUUCCUUCCACCACCGCUGCCCCACAACACCGCCGCCGGAUCUUCUUCUCCACAGGCCGACGAAGCAAGCGCACAAGAUCCGGCGGUACUACGGCAUUGCGCAGGCGGCAGUCGAUCCCGUGGAUCUCGAGGCACGCUUCACCACCACCACCUCCGAGUCCGGCGAAUCCGUCGGCGCGAGCACGCACCUCCCAACCACCACCAGCUCCUCCUGCACGGACACGACCAGUAGUAGCGCGACGUCGACGACGACGACCGCGCCGCGCCACGGCGAGGAGCACCAAAGCGUCGAGCAGAUGAUAUCACGGAACCAAGAAGAGCUUGACGAAUACCGCCUGCUCGCGCAGCUGCUCGUCGAACUCGACGAGGACACGGCGGCGGCCGUAGACGACGUGUCCCAGGUGCUCUUGCUCGACUUCUUUUCGGAGGGAGUCGACCGGCUCCGUUCCUCAUCAGGCGCCGGCUCGGUGGUCGGGGCGACGACGGUCAGCCGGCCGGUGGACGACGACGCCCGGGUGGCGGAGGCGCUGGUGGGGGCGGCCGCGGAGUGGCUGCGGGGCGCGGGGACGCAGUGGGGCAUCAGGGACGUGAUGCUCUCCGGGAAGGCGGCGCUGGAGGACAUGGAGCGGGGCCGGCGGUGGAUGUGCGCUGGCGAGGAGGAGCGGGAAGUCGGCGCGGCGGUGGAGGGGCUCGUCAUGGACGGGUUGCUGGACGAGCUUGUCGCGGAGCUGGUGCCUUGGUGUCACGGUGACGGCCGGCCGUCGAAGGAGCCACUAGUAGACUACUAGGAAUUUGCUCGUCGUGGAUGGUGCGGUGUUAACGUCACGGGGUUUUGGCCGCCGGUGGGCGAAAACCCCGUGACGUUAACACGGCGAGGUCCGGCCGUGGACAGAAGAGCGCGCGUGUGUACAUGUCCGCCGAGGAAGCUACUACUAGUUCAAACUUUUUUGGUUUUUGCUACCUCGUUGCUUAGUUAACGCUACCGCGACCGGAAUAAUAUAAUUAUGAGUGGUGUCGCGGGGCUGAAAGAUGUUAUUGGCCUGCAAGGUCCAUAAGGCCUUGUGGUGAGACUUGAGAGAUGAUAGAUAGGCUUAGUUCUUUUUUGGGCU